AUUGUUUCCAUAAUUUACUUCGUUUGAAAACACGAAGCAAAGCGACGACACCGGCACUGAAAAUUGUACAGUUGGUUGUUGAUGACGUGCCAGCAUGGUGCGAAUACGGAGGAAAUUUGCUUUUGUACUAUGCGGGGUCGCUUUCUUCGUAUUUCUCGUUCUAUACAUGGUGCUUAACUAUUCCGUUCCCGAGCGUGCAACUCAGGAUCUAAGCUAUCUGGAGAAAAAGAUAAAACAAUUGGAAAAUGGACUGAACAAACAUCAUCAAGAAUUUGGCAACAUUCGAAAACAGAUUGAUACUAUCCGUGGUGCGGUAGACGGCGGUGAUGAUGUGUACGGUGAGCAAAGUAAAGUCUUGGACCAGGCGCCAGUACUGGGUGACCGGGAAAUGAUGAAAGAGUCGGUGAUUGAGGCGAACGGAGGCGGCGCAGGUACGUGCCCUCUCAGGACAGACGUUCUACCACAGCCGGACAUACAGAUGCUUAACCUGUACGACCGAGUGUCGUUCGAAAACAUCGACGGUGGUGCAUGGAAGCAGGGAUGGCCAAUCAAGUACAACCUUAGCGAAUGGGACAGCUAUAACAAACUGAAGGUUUUUGUAGUACCGCACAGCCACAACGAUCCUGGAUGGAUACAGACGUUCGAUGAGUACUAUGAGCGACAAACUAAAGCCAUUUUCACCAAUAUGCUGAGACACCUGGAUGAAAAUUCUGGCAUGCGAUUUAUUUGGGCAGAAAUCGUCUACUUCGCGCACUGGUAUGAUAAGCUUGCGGAAGAACAGAAAGACAUCGUGAAGCGGUUGGUGAAAAAUCACCAGUUAGAGUUCGUUACCGGUGGUUGGGUGAUGCCAGAUGAAGCCAAUUCCCACUGGUACUCGGUUUUGCUGCAGCUAACAGAGGGGCAGACAUGGUUGAAAACUCGUCUCAACGUAACGCCAGUGUCGAGUUGGUCAAUUGACCCGUUUGGAGUGUCCGCCACGAUGCCGUACAUACUAAAGCAGUCUGGAUUCGAAAAUUUGCUCAUUCAACGGACACACUACAUCGUCAAGAAAAACCUGGCAUUGAAAAAGCAAUUGGAAUUCCGCUGGCGUCAGCUGUGGGAUACCCGGGGCGAUACGGAUCUUUUCACUCACAUGAUGCCGUUCUACUCGUACGACGUACCACACACGUGCGGUCCCGAUCCCAAGGUGUGCUGUCAGUUCGACUUCAAGCGACUCCCAGGUCAAGGGCUCACCUGCCCUUGGAACGUUCCACCGAAACAGAUUUCCGAUCAGAAUGUGGCCGAACGGGCGCAAACUAUCGUCGACCAGUGGCGAAAAAAAUCGGUCCUCUAUCGCACCCGGAACGUUCUCAUUCCGCUAGGAGAUGAUUUCCGAUACACAACCAGCGUUGAAUGGGAAGCGCAAAGGGUGAAUUUCGAGCGCCUGUUCGACUACAUCAACAACGAACCAUCGUUGAACGUUGAGGCCAAAUUUGCCACUUUGCAAGAAUACUUCGACGCAGUACGCGCGACAAGCAGCAAGUCAGGUGGAAUGGAGCAGUUCCCAUCGCUCUCGGGCGAUUUCUUCACGUACGCUGACGUCAACCAGGACUAUUGGAGUGGCUACUUCACCUCGCGGCCGUACCACAAGCGUCUGGAUCGUAUACUGCUGCACUACAUACGCUCGGCGGAAAUGCUUCACGCUUGGAACACUUGGGAACCGGCUGCCGAGUGGGCGCCUCUGUCAGAUCGCCUGGAGUACGCCCGACAGCAGCUGUCGCUAUUCCAGCACCACGAUGGUAUCGCCGGCACGGCAAAAGAUCACGUCAUGGAGGACUAUGCAAAACGCAUGACGCGUGCAUUAGAGAACUGCAAAUUUGUCAUGCAGCAGGCCGUGUAUCGGUUGCUAACGAAACCUUCCAUCUAUCAACCGGACCCAUCGUUCCACUAUCUUUCGAUCGAUGACUCGCGAACGGUGAACGGGUCAGACAGUGUGCGACCGAUGAUUAUUCUCGGUGAGGAACUUCCGACGAAACAGAUUGUGCUGCACAACUCGCUAGCGUAUACGCGAUCUGAGGUAGUGGAGUUCUUCGUGGGCAGCCCGUUCGUGUCGGUACGAGACGGUAAUGGAGGAACAGUUCCGAGCCAAGUUGCACCAGUAUGGUCAUGGCACACGCGCCCAGACGGCGUCAGUCAACCUCAGCCUUCGAAUACGAAGUUUCGUCUGCUUUUCCGAGCAAGCGUCCCGCCACUUGGUUUGAGCGUUUACACAAUUCAUUCGCAGAACAGUGUAGACGAUUCACAUGGUGUUACAUAUUCAAAGGUGAGCAUUUUGUCGAAAUCCCCGUUCACAGUGAACUUGGCCAGCGGAUAUCCCGAAGAAAUAGAUCACGCUAUACCGCGUGAAGUAUCGCUACGCGUAGGAGAGGAAGGAUCACCGAGCGCUGCUUUCAACUCGAAAGGAUUGCUAAAAUCAAUAACGAUCGAGAAUAAUCAAGCGACGGUACCCGUGCACCUAGAAUUUUACCGUUACGGUAUGCAGCUAAGCCAGGGCAAGAGCGGUGCUUAUUUGUUCCAUCCUGCCGGUAACGCCACGGUUCUUGAGUACGAGCAUCCAAUUGUGCUGAUUGUAAAGGGCCCGUUAGAGGCGAGCAUAACAGCUGGUUUACCUUUUGCCGUGCAUCAAACGAUCUUGCGCGACGAAGCCCUCGAGAUACGCAAUUUGAUUGAUAUCGGGCAGCGAGAUAAUACCGAAAUAGUGAUGCGCUUGCAGACGAAUAUCAAUAGUGGAAACAUGUUCUACACUGACCUGAAUGGGAUGCAAAUUAUUAAACGAAAGCGCUUCCAGAAGCUGCCGUUGCAGGCGAACUACUACCCGGUUCCAUCAACCAUGUAUAUCGAAGAUGAUAAUUAUCGGCUGACCCUGCUCAGUGCUCAACCGCUCGGCGGUUCUUCUUUGAGUUCUGGCGAGAUGGAAAUUAUGCAGGAUCGGCGUUUAACACGCGACGAUGAUCGUGGGCUUGGUCAAGGGGUUCAGGACAACUUACCAGUGCUGCAUCUUUUCCGCUUGGCACUGGAGGCACGUGAGUCGUGCACGAAGCCCGAUCCAGAUUAUCCGACCGGGUUCCUUACGCUGCCCACUUACAUGCUGCAGCAAAGUUUACUUCAUCCGUUAGAUAAGUUUAUCUACAACGAAAACGAUUGGACGGGCCUACUGGCGGAUGGUUUCGGAACGCGGCACGAACCUUUGGAGCGCGGUAUGGAAGUGGUUGCGAUGCGAGAACUGCCGCACGUAAGAUUCGGUCGGACCACGUCCGGACAUCCCAUAGGGUUGGUGAUCCAUCGGACCAACUUCGAAGACUGCGGUUCGGAGGCAAACACCGAAGGCUUGCUUAAUAUAAAGAAGCUUCUCAAUUUGGGAGACGAGCACGAUAUCUUCACUGCCCCUUUGACGCUUCUGAAACCCCAGGAAAUGGUUCAAUCCGACGAUCUUACUCUCUGCCCGAUGGAUGCCAAAGCGUACAUAGUGAAGCGAUAGAAAUUUGGCAGCAGAAACUAUGAUAUUUAACAUUUUACGCGUAAACAAUUGAAAAAUGUCUCAUAUUUGAACCUUGCACGCAAACAUUUUACAAUUAAAUGCUGCAUUUUGCGCAUCAGAAGCACUGUACACACCCCAAACAAGAAGGUUCUAUACUAAAGCAUGUGAAGUAUCCGAGUAUGGCUGAUGGGUGUGUUUAAACGAAUGUACAAUGGAGGGAUUUUCUUUGUAAAAGAUCAUCCAACUCUUAUUUCUUAAGUAGCUGGUUAAUUCUGGUUUUCCCAAGUUGUAGUUCGACGGCAUUCGUAAGUAAGGUAAUCGAUGUUCGAGUACAACAAUCUUUAUUCCAGUGAGCUCUUUUAUUUAGUUUGUUUGCCUAUAUCGUGUGAUUGUUUUGUGUGGGAAUAUCAUAUAAAAUUUAUGCUUACAACCAGAAGAAUACUGAAUUUGUAGUUUGAAUUUGGUUUUGUGUGUGGAAAAAAUCAACAGUCACCGAGAAACUUAUAACCGAACAUUGCGCUCACGAACUUAAACCUAAGUUAGGAAGAAUGAAUUAGUUGCUAUGUAUGCAUCAAAUGUACACUGUAGAUAAAUAAUAAAACCUCACACCCUCUCAA